AUGAACUGGGCCUUCCUCGAGGGCCUCCUCAGCGGGGUGAACAAAUACUCCACGGCGUUCGGUCGCAUCUGGCUCGCCAUCGUCUUCAUCUUCCGCCUCCUGGUCUUCCUGGUGGCCUGCGAGAAGGUGUGGGGCGACGAGCAGAAGGACUUUGACUGCAACACCCGGCAGCCGGGCUGCCACAACGUCUGCUACGACCACUACUACCCCGUCUCCUACACGCGCCUCUGGGCCCUGCAGCUCAUCUUCGUCACCUGCCCGUCGCUCCUGGUGACGCUCCACGUGUCCUACCGGGAGGAGCGCGAGCGCAAAAACCGGCUGAAGCACGGCGAGGACUGCGUGCCGCUGUACAACCACACGGGCAAGAAGCGAGGCGGCCUGUGGUGGACCUACUUCCUCAGCCUGCUCUUCAAGGUGCUGGUGGACGGCGUGUUCGUCUUCCUGCUGUUCUACAUCUACGAGGCCACGUUCUUCCCCCCGCUGGUGAAAUGCAACGAGGAGCCGUGUCCCAACGUGGUGGACUGCUACAUCGCCAGGCCCACGGAGAAGAAGAUCUUCACCGUCUUCAUGGUGGUGACCAGCUUCGUGUGCAUCCUCCUCACCCUCAUCGAGAUCUUCUACCUGUGCGGGAAGAGGUUCCGGGAGUGCUCCCGAGGAGGAGGUCGCUCCGUGAGGGACAACUCCUUCAUGAUGGUCAGGACUCCUCUGACCGGGAAGGAGAACUCCAUGUUCAAGGAGCCGCUCCCGGAGAAGGCCAAGAUGGUGGACAACGGCAGCGAAGGAGCCGGCAACGAGAGCUCGGCCCCGGCGUACAGCAUCGCGGUCUCCUGA